AUGGAGGCUGUUGAAUCGGAAAGAAUUCACGAAAGUUGCAUCCAGGACAGCCAUUGGGUUCGUGGUCAUGGGAUUCAUCGGCUUCUUUGUGAAACUAAUUUUCAUCCCCAUCAACAACAUUAUCGUCGGAUCGUAAUCAAGAUCUCGGGUCGUCCAUGGAGGAUAGAUAGGUCACAGGUUGUAUCAAGAAUUCACGGAUAUCAUCACAUUGCAGUUGUGUUGAUUGGGAAGUGCAACUACUAUGUGUGUUAG